AUGCACCUCCCCCACCUCCUCCUCGCAACCCUCUCCCUUCUCCUCCCCUCAACCCUCGCAAACACCCGCCGCCCAGACCCCGGCUUCGAAGCCGACACCCUCUGCACGGUCGAAGUGGUCAAAAACAUCCGCCUCUCGGACCCCCUCAACAACACCCUCCUCCUCUGGCCCAAGGGCUCCUGCUGCACGACCAUCGACUGCCAACUGCAGGACUUCAGCUGUCCGGAGAAUCCGGCGCAUCCCUCCGGUGACGGCAAGGGCGGGGAUAUUUGCUGUUUCAAGGCGAGUGGGGAGGGGGAGGAUUUUGGGAUGUGUCGGUGUGGGAUUGAUGCGAAUCCGCAGGGGACGUGCUUUUGA